AUGACAGCAAACCCUCUAAGAACAGCUCUUGCUUUGCUCCUCUUUGCCCUCUCUGGGGUCCCGGCCAUGGCAGAAAUCUCUUGCAGAAGUGAAAAUGGUGAACCUGUGGACUGGGUUAUUUUUUAUAAGGUGCCCAAAGUGUUUCACAAGAACAGGACAGGGCUGGAGUACCUGUACCUAGACUCCUUAACAAGAAAAUGGAUGAAGAGCAACCAUCUGAUCAACAACAACAAAAGUAUUUUGGGAAGGACCCUGGAGCCGCUGUAUGAAGCAUACAACUCCAAGAGCAAUAACACAGCCUAUCUAAUAUACAAUGACGGUGUCCCUACGUCUAUGAAUUACAGCAGAAAGUAUGGACAUACCAAAGGUCUACUUGUAUGGAACAGAAUCCAGGGCAUCUGGCUGAUUCAUUCUGUUCCCAGGUUUCCUCCAGUUCCGAAAGAUGGCUAUGAUUAUCCAUCCUCAGGGAGACUUUAUGGACAAAGUGGCAUCUGCAUAACUUUCAAAUACAGCCAGUAUAAAAAAAUAGAUUUUCAGCUCUUUGUCUCCCAACCAAACAUCUACAGCUGCUCCAUCCCAGACAUCUUCCAUCAAGAAAUCGUCCAUAUGACUCAUAUGUGUGCCAAGUCCGGCUCCUUAAACAUCCCUGGCCGGAGGCUCGCCACUCUGCAAUCAGCCCAGGGACUGGUGUUUUUCCAUUUUGCGAAAUCCUCUCUUUAUACUGAUGACAUCUUUACAGGCUGGAUGGCUCAAAGCUUGAAGACACCUUUACUAGCACAAACCUGGCAGCGGAGGAAUCAUGAGCUUCCUUCCAACUGUUCCCUUCGUUACCACGUCUACAAUAUCAACUACAUUAGACUAGAUCGCAAACAUUCCUUCAGUUCUUACCAUGACCAUUCCAAAUGGUGCGUUUCCCGCAACUUCAACAAUCACUGGACCUGUAUCGGAGAUCUAAAUCGGGACCCACACCAAGCCUUCAGAGGUGGGGGAUUCAUCUGUACCAUGAGUUGGCACAUUUAUCAGUCAUUUUAUGGAGCAGCUAUUCAUUAUGAAAAAUGUAGCUAAGCUUGGGGAAAGGACAU